UCCCCGCCGCGGCUGCUGCAUGCUCGGUGCAGCCUCAGCCCCAGCCGGAGGUGGAAGAUGGCGGAGCCGGAUUGCAGCUCUUUGCUCGAUGAGGAUCUUUCCUCCUUCGUCUUCAGUUACCUCGCUGACAGCCAGUACGAGGUGUCUGGUGAGGAGCACCUCUACUCCGACUUCCCUGAGAUUGAUUUGUCCCAGCUGGAUACCAGCGACUUUGACUCAGCCGGCUACUUCAGCGAGCUGCAGUGGUGCGGGGAGCACUCAGAGACCGACUCCAGCCAGUACAGCACCGAUGACUCCGAGCUCUUCCAGAUAAUAGACAGCGAGAAUGAAGCUCUACUGGCAGCCCUCACCGAGACAUUGGAUGAUAUACAGGGAGAUGACAUGGGCCUGGCUGCCUUCCGAACUAUGGAAGAGGGGGACACACUCAACCAUGCCUACACCUCGCCUGCCCCCUCCCCCAAACCCACCGCCCCGGUCACGGGGGGGCCGCCCCCGGUCCCCGAGUUUGAUGAGCUGUCUCUACUGAAGAAGUUGCUCCUCUCUCCGUCACACGUGCCUCCGAGCUGUGAGGCUCAGCGGGAUGGGAGUGCCCGGCGCCUGGGGACCCCUAAGUCCCGACCCACACGGCCCUGCACAAAGGUGGAGGGUCCCCGGGACAGGAGGGCAAGUGUCCCGCAGGCGCAGGGCCGCAGCUGCACUGAGCUGCACCGGCACCUCACCUCUUCCCUCCCUUGCCCCCAGACCAAAGCCCCUCAGGCACCUGAGGAGUGCCCCAGCGGCCACCACCAUCUGCCCCCAGGCAACUGCACCCAUCAUGAGGACGACAGCGACUCCAGCGAGGACUCACUGAGCUCUGGCGACUCGGUGACCCCAAUCUCCUCGGCAGAGGAUGGCUCCAGCAGACAAUUCUCCUGUGGGGGGGAGAUGCACUCAGUGGUGGAGCUCAUCCGCUACAUGCAUACCUACUGCCUGCCACCACGGAAGCUGCCCGCCCGCGACGCUGCUGAUGCCAAGCCCCAGCUCUGCAGCAGCCCCCUCAAGAGAGCCAAACCGGACUGUCCCAUGCAACCAGGCCCCCCUGGCAGCAGCCAGAGCCGGCCAGGCUGCACUUGGCAGGGGGCUGGGGGCUGCAAGAAGCCAGGAGCUUCCUUCUCCAUCCUGAAGGAGCUGCUGGCACGGGACCUGCUGUGCGAUGUGAGCAAGCCAUACCGCCUGGGCAAGCCUGUGUAUGCCGCCCUGGCCCGGCCACCUGGCUCCUGCUCCCCUGUGCUACCAGCCCACGAUGGGGAGGAUGCUGGCGGGACCUGCACAUCCAGAACCAAAAUGGCACCAGAGAAAGGUGAGCUGCGGCAGAGCCCUCGGGCCGAGGCAGAGGCACCACGGGAGCCAGGUGACCUUGAGGACGAUGCUGGGAAGCGUGCGGGUGCCCUGGGUGCGGCCACGGGGAAGGUCACUCGCAAGCAGGAAAGCACCAUUUAUGCCGUCCGACGGUCCAAGAGACUCAACCCUGAGCUUGGCCACUGGCUCUCCUUCCUUGACGAGCCACCCCCUGAGCCCUCCAUCACCCGGGAGACAGGGGAUGGCCAUGGCCCCCGAGAUGCCCUGGCCUGCAGAGAGCCCGCACCGUGUCCAGCGCUGGAAGGCUUCUCUGCCGAAGAGCCUGCAGCUGAAGUGGAGGUCGGGGGCACAGAGGAGGGAGACGGCGGGGGCACAGCACCACCAGUGGAGCCCCAGCCUCUCUCCGUGGGCUCUCUGGGGGACAGCGAGGUGGGCGAUGGGGCUGAGAACCGGCACUGUGCCCUCCUGGAGCAAGCAGAAACACCCAGGUGUCUCACGCUGUCCUUGGCACAAACUGACUCAACCUUUGGGAAGAGGAACUUUGAGCCGAUGCUGACCGUGGAGCUGUGUGGGACAGCAGGUCUCACACCGCCCACCACUCCACCAUACAAGCCCGCCGAGGAGGACCUGUACAAGCCAGACAUCCCCCAGGAGCCAGGGAAGGAGGACAGGACAGCCCCCAGCCCUGGGGGCGCAGGGGAUGCAGGGGAUGCGGCAGCCUCCCGGAAGGCCCCCAGGAAGCAUCCUGAGAGGACAGAGCUCUUCGCCCACCUGAGCCGAGCAGCUGGGCGCCCUGCGCUCCUCGAACAGCAGGGCAUGCUCAAGCGGCCCUUCUCCCGCUCCUUCGGGGACCACGACUACUGCCAGGUGCUGAAGCCCGAGGCUGCCCUGCAGAGGAAGGUGCUCAAGUCGUGGGAGCCCCUGGGCCAGGUGGAGAUGGAGCACAAGAGGAGGGUCCCAGCUGCCCACUACCAGGGGCUGGACCUCAGCGGCAAGGAGGCAGGCAGCGACAUGCUGUGGAAGGACGGUGUCAAACAGCUGAGAGACCAGGAGAUCAGAGCCAGCUUAACAAAGCACUUUGGCUUUCUGGACAGUGCUCUCGAUGACGAGGACAUGGUCUUCUGCAAGACCCCUGAGUAUGACACUGUCUUUGAAGACAGCUGCAGUGAGAGCGGCUCCCUUGUGGAGGAGGAGGAAGAGGAGGAGGAGGAGCACGGUGACACCAAGCUGUGUCUGCAAAGAAACCCCCUUUCCAGGACCAGUUUGCAUUACUCUUCCCGGAGCAGAUCCAGCUCGGGGUCUUCGUGCUGCCGGUCCCGAUCGCCCACAAGCAGACGCACCUUCAGGUGUGAGAAUGGCGAGCAGUGUCAGGGCGGGAGCGGGCACCGAGGCCAGCUGGAGAAGAGACGGGAAAAGGCCAUCGGAGAAGGCCGGGUGGUGUAUGUUCGAAACCUCUCCAGCAGCAUGAGCUCCAGCGAACUGAAGAAACGCUUUGAAGUGUUUGGUGAAAUCGUGGAGUGUCAAGUCCUGUCCAGGACCAACAGGGGGGAUAAAUAUGGCUUCAUCACCUACCGGUAUUCAGAGCAUGCCGCCUUAUCUCUGAAGAACGGCACCUCACUAAGGAAGAGGAAUGAGCCUUCGUUUCAGCUCAGCUCUGGUGGCCUUGGGCAUUUCUUCUGGACCAGAUACGCUGACUUGGAUUGCAGUGCAGAGGAGUCCUCCCCAGCUCCAGUGAAAAGCAAGUAUGAGACCAUGGAUUUCGACAGCUUGCUGCAGGAGGCCCAGCUAAGCCUGCAUCGGUAACAGCCUUAACCUUGGAGGAAUACCUCAAUACCUCAGUCAAGGCACUUCCAAUAUGUUUACGUUUUCAAAGAAAUUAUUCAGUCUAUGGAAAGCGAGAGAGAGCGAGAGCACGCACGCACGAGAGAGAGAGAGAGACUGCUGUCCCUUCUGAUCGAUGUUUACAUUGAACAAAGCUGCUUCUGUCUGUGAGUCCCCAUGGUGUUGACGUCUCACUGCCACACAUUAGUCCCCCUGCUUCUGACUGGUUGUUUUAGGGUGAGCCUAGGAGCCCCCCCGGCCCCUCUCCCCCUUCCCGUCCCCACUUGGUGCUCCUACCGUGGAGUUGCAGCUGUGUUCACCAUAACAUUUUUUUGUCUGUAGUGUGUGAUGAUGAAAUUGUUAAUUGUGAAUAGAAUCAGGAUUAUAAACUAAUUUUUAAUAGAAGAAGAGAAAAAAAAAGUAUAUACUUAAAAAAAUGUAUUUAUGGCUCAGAUGUACUGUAAUUCAGAUUUAUUGUACCGCUUCCUUGAUUUUUAACUAUGCACUGUAAUGAGGCAUUUGCCACUCAGCAAAUGAGGGAUCAGAGCAGAGUCACAGAGCCAGCGUUCACCUGUCGGCCACAGAGGCACUCACCUCCCCUACUGGCAAACUGGGGUGCUCAGUGGACACGUUGGGGUCACCGACUUUGCUGUCAAAGCCAUUCUUCUUGCUUGCAUGGCCCGAGCUCCCUGAGCCCCCCAGCCCAGCUGGGUCACGGCGCCCAAAUACUGAGCUCAGUCCUGGCACAUGAUGGAGCUGGCAGGCAGUGGGGCAUACCAGCCCUGGACUGUUCUUGCCAUGGGGCCAGAAAGCUUUGCAGGCAUGAAGGAUAGAAGGAUGCACUGCCAGGAGGCUGCGGGACUGAUGCCUCAGCUCUCCACUGCCUUUGGAGCCAGGAGAGAGAGGCCUAGGGGCUGGAGGUAGCCUGGUUUGAUUCGGUGGGUCGUGCCAACACAUCCUGGCGUACGGGUGCCUCUGGGUCCGUGUGAGGGAGCUGGCUUCUCUCCAGCUCCUUGGGUGGCUGGGAGACCAGCCGGGCUGUGCGGCUUUGCUCCUUGCUCAUUUCCACACCCUGCAAAGCAAGCGGGGCGAGAAGACCUGUCUGUGAUCCAUGCCCGGCAGCCAGCCCAAAAUCCAGAGGGACAGGGAAGCGGGAGGGGGCACGGCAGCUGUGCUGAACACCCACCUCACCCAGUGCCCUGCCUGCACUCUGCCCAGUACCUGAUAAGCCAUACACUUCCCCAGCACUCAGUUGGCAGCCAGGACCUGUCCCCUACACCUGCCAGCACCCUGUGACAUGCUCACCCUCUCUGCUUCUGGCUGGAGGCUCUCAGGGCUGCCUGGAAGUGCUGGAUUGAAGACAUGCUCAAGCAGCAUGUCCCGCAAAAUUCAUUUGCAAACUUGCCUUCCAUCUUCAGGCAAAGUGGGAGGGAAAGAGAGCUCACCACUGGCUGGAGAAAACCCCACCAUGUGCCGGCCAGAGGCACUGUUUUCCUAACAGAGCAGGAAUCUCGCUGCUCCUCAAACCAUCACCAUCGUCUCCAUUUGUUUUUCAGACCCAGAGACCACUAGGGAUUCAGCCAUCCUAUGUAGAUAGAAUAUUAUAGCCUUAACUCUGCCAAUAGAUAGAUUAGAGUCUCCUGGAGUCUCCCCUUGACAUGACUUAGGUGUUUUAUUCUCAUUUCCCUGGUGUGGGUACUAUUUCGUCUUGCAGGGAUUAUGACCAAAGCCUCCAAAACUGCAUGAGAUGCGAUGCUGAGAGCCCAAGUGCUGCCAGGGUGACCCUGUCUGCAGCUGGUCUCUGGCAGGAGCAGGAACGCUGGCAGCGCCGAUACCAGCACAGUUACCUGGUUGUUUCUCCUUGCUUUCGGGGAAGCCGUGGUUCUGACGACAACCAGCCCAGUGGUGCGAGGGCCCCCAGGACACUGCGGGGUUCAAACUGUGGAUCCCUAAUCUGCCAUCGCUGACGAUCACUGUCGGGGAACAGUCCUUGUGCCAUUUCACUCUCGGCAGCAAGGUUCGGUGUCUCUCCUGCCACAAGUUCCACCCGACUUCUCAUCCCACUUUUGCUAACACAAGUAGCUCUGGCCGAGGCUGAGCAUCUGCUAUUGGCAAUUGCCUCAUUGUAGCUUUGCCUUUUUCUGUCCUAGUAUUUCCUCACAACGAUGAUGUUUACAUGUGAUUGCUAUAGAGCUUAUGUAGAAUGUAUAUAGCGACACAUUUAGGGUGGGUAGUACUGUCCUGUGCUGUGCUGAUGUUUUUCAGAAAACGAUCAAUCCAAAAAAAAAAAAAAAACAACAAAAAAAAAAAGCGCAAAGUAAGAAGUGGAAUUCUUCCACCUCCCACUCAGCCGGGGGCACCGAGCCCCUGUGGCCGGGUCCUGCUGGGGAUGCAUCAAGCAUGGCAGAGGGGAAGGGUUGGUGCGGAGCUGGGGGACUGCAGAGCAGGGGAGCCCGCUCCUGGGGGGGUCACUCGGUCGCUUCCCAAGCGUUGGUUUCGUGUACCCAGAUAUAAAAUUUCCCAUUGUUUUCCUGUGGCUCGGUGCCCCAGGUCAGCCCGCAGCCCUUGCCGUGCCCAGUUCUGAAUAUCACAAGGAGGCCAGUGCUUGGGAAAGGGAGGGCUCGUCCUGCACAGAGCUGAUCAGUACAGCACCCGUAGGGUAGGAGGAGAUGCAAUAAGUGGUCUUCAUGGUGCCUGAAGCCUAUAAGUGAGGGUGGGGUGGGUUGUUUUUUUUGGUUAGGGUUUCUGGGGUUUGUUUUCCCCCAUUAAAUUGGGAUGGUUUGGUUUCCUUCCUCCCCCAAGAAAGUUCUCCAGGGCUUCCGCACUGUGUGCAGAGGUGUGGAAGGCGCAGAGGCACAGCUGUGGCUUGGGCAGCCCUCUGCUGCUGCCCGUGCCUGCCAGCCCGUGGCUGCAGCAGGGAAAACCUUAGGGGCACACGCUGCCAGUGCCCGGGCUGUGUGCUGCCUGUCCCAGGGGCUUCCCCAAAAUGUUAGGACUGGGUGAGAGCAGAGGGUGUUCAGCUCAAGAAGCAGAGGUGUGAAAGCCUGCUGGGGGUUAGAAUCCCUCACACAGGGUUUGUGGUGAAAAAUAGGUUUCCACUUGUUUUGUUUUUUUUUUUUUUUAUUUAAAACUAUAUGUGUCUUUAGCUUGCAGUGCUCAAAUCUGCAAAGGGGUGGGAAGCAGGGCUCAGGGCGAAGAGGCAGCUGAGAGCUCCCUCCCUUAGCACACCAUGACUCUGUUUUGGAUGCUAAGGGGAAAAGGGGACAGCAGCAAAGCAAUGCCUGCGCACUGCGCAGUGAGAGGCAGCCUGGCAGCACCCAGCCCUUCGCAGGAGCUGCUGGGGAUGGGGAGCAGGAAUUACCCCUACCCAGCCCGUGGCAUUGCAGAGGGUGCCCUGGCAUGGGUGCAGCUUGGAACUGGGCACCCCGAAAAGGGAACCCUUGCACCCCAGCCAGGGCUGCGGGGCAGGCAGGAGUGCUACUUCAAAGAGAAACCGGGAGCAAAAGGGUGUCUUACGGUAGGCAAUACGUAAGGAGGAGAUUUAUUUUUUUAAAAAUAUAUAACUAUAAAAUGUCCCCCGGUAGUUUUCUGCAGGUACUGUGGGUAUAUGCUGAAUGUGAAGAGUUUUGUGAUAAAAUGCCCCUUUGCUUUUUUUGCACAGAUUUGCCCCAGGAAAGCUCAUUGUUCAGGGUUGGUUACUGGGUUUCUGCCUGGAAUCCAGUGAGUCUCUAGGGCUCCGCGGGAAGGAGCAAAUGUUUCUGAGUGUCUGGGCUGAAUGCAGAGGACAAUCCCAAGUUUUAGGUUCGAUGCUGCCCCAAAGAAAAGAUUCAUCUCGACUCCUACUCAGCGCAGCUGCCUGGGCUGCACAUCUUCUAUAACAAAUCAGCAGCUCAGUCACCACUUUACAGUCCCGAGUGUCUGAUUUCAGCACUGGUCCAUACAAAGGAGCAUUGCAGUUGCAAACCAGCACUUAUUUUAUUUAUUUUUUCUGGUUUUCUUUUUUUUUUUCCUUUUUUUUUUUUUUUUGGGAGGUAUGCUGAACACUGAGAUACAUCACUGUUCAUAGCUGAGCCCUGACACCCUUUCUGUUCUAAGCGUCGUAGUCCACCCCUGACAAUCUCAAGCAAUACAGAGCCAAACGCAGCCUUUGGGUUUCAUUCCUCUCCCGCACCCACCCUGGGGUCAGGGGUGGUGGCAGCAGCCUGGCCGCGGUGCCCAUGGCCGCAGCGCCGAGAGCCACGCUGCGAUAAAUACUGAGCUGGGGAGGGAGUGUGUGUAUGCAUGUGAAAAAGAGAGAGAAAGAUUAAAUUGAUGCAUUUCUUGAGAAAGGUGUAAGAAUUUCACCUAAAAAGGGGCACAUCUGCUUUGUUAUUUAUAAAAAAAACCCCUAAAUUCUGUCUUUUUCUUCUUUUUUUAAGUAAAAGGAGACUGCUAAUUAUCAUUAGGGGCCAAUUCUGCCUCCCUUCCUCAUGCUGAGUAAGUACUACUUAACUCUGCACUUUUCUGCUUGCAGAGUAAGUAAAAGCAGCAGAAUUGAUCCCUCUGUGAUUAAGAAUCAAAUUUUUAGUCUGUUUUUUUUUUAGUUGGUAGCGGUUUUUUAUAUUUCACUUAAUUUUUUUCCCCAGUUCCGUUCCGUUGUGUCCUUAUUUAUGUAAUAUACUUUAACCUUAAAAGAUGGCAUGGGUUCUUAUGCCUUUCUUUUAUUAUUAUUGUUAUUAUUUUUAAAAAAAGAGAUUUAUUUCUAGUGUGAUUUAACUGUCUACCUUCUAAAACGAGAGAACGUUUUCUUGUAUUUUUACAUUGUCAGAUUCUAUAGUUUCAUAGAUAAUUUAACCAAAUCGCUCAAUGUAUUAUCUAUAUCUAUCCGGUGGGUAUAAAAGUUCUAUUUUAAAUUAUGUAAAUACUUCAGAACUGGCUUCUUUUUCCAGACUCCCCUGCCGCGGAGUUACUUGUUUACAUCAAAAAGACUGUAGAAUCUCUACGCUCAUGUACUGUAAAUAGUGAAGUGAUCUGCCUAUAAAUAAACGAUAACAUAUAUACUAUAAAGUGUUAAAAAAAAAGAAGGAAUAAGUCUGUGCAGCUAAUACUUUAGUUUAUUCGUGCAAGCCUGCCCUGGGAGGCGUUUUGUUUUGCAGAAGGUGCUCUCCUGCAUCCGCCUGGCUUUCAGUGGGACGGUUGGGUAUGGCUGGGGUCAGGGGUUUGGCAGAGCCCCCCAGCUCACUUGCCCCACCGCAGCACCACAGCCAGGGAUGUGGCUUCUGCAGGGGAAUAGCUCUGUAUGUGGCGUCUUCCAGUUUAACUCCUGGUGGGCUCCAUAUUCUGGACUUUGGGAGCACUGCUGCUGCCGCGAGACACGUCAUGGAAGAAACACCCCCCAGACUGUGGAGUUUAAGAAUUAAGUAGGGCACACACCUCAAAUUAAGUGGGGCACACACCUUGACUGCAAAUUUUCUUGAGUGGGAGAAAGAGCACAAAGGGCUGGAUUGCAAGAAAAAGUGUGGAAAAGAUUCCAGAUGGUGAUGCAGCAACCAUAUGGCUCAGGAUGGCACCUGGAUAGUCCCCUCGGUACCAGGAGAUCCGUCCCCUGGGAGCCAGCCUGCUCUCCCAGCAAGACAGCCGUGGUGGCCGAACUGCUGUUUCCCAGUGCAGGAUGUCCUGGUCGAUACGGAAGCCCAGGCUGCAGAACGGACAGGAUGGAAAGCCCAGACAGUUGACAGCAGCGUGGGCUCAAGUCCUCCACAGCACCCAGCGUGUAGGAGCCCAGCGCCAGCCAUCGCCCCUGCAAGGGCUCGCCAGGUCAGAGGUGUCGCACUGAAUGUAUCCAGAGCAGGGUGCGGUGAUGCUGCCGGUUGGGAUGACCUCAGUGGGCCAAAAGGAGAAGGUCUGCAAGGUGCUGAGCUGUCCCAGCCAUGCUUUCUUUGGCUGAUGUGCACUGACAGCCAGCAGGAGCCCCGUGCCAGUCCUCCUGCCUAGCCACAGAGCCAGAACCAGCCUUCCACCCCAAACCCAGCCACUCAUCCCUACAGCUGCUUCACCCCGAGUGGAGAACUGACAGGAAACCCUGCUGCUUUCUAUAGAAAACUGGCUUCAGGGCCACCAAACAAGAAUAUUUUUCUAAGAUAUAUUGUGGCACAGCGACAGCACCAGUGCCAGGACACAUUAAAAGAUGAAAUUGCAAGGAGGACAUGUGGGGAUGCAGCUGGGGCAGCUGGUGUUGGGGCAGCUGGAAUGGGUGCAAGGAGGAGGAGAGGCUAGGGAGUGGGUCAGCAGGGCUCCAGGAUGGACUGGGCUCCCAGGACAGAGCAGGGGCACAGGAAGGAGGAAUCCACAGGGGGGGACAGACCCACAGCUGAGGCUUGUCCUUCCAGCCUGACCCACACCACUCAAAGCUGCAUUCCCAGGCAACCUCCUGGAAAAUAAAGUACUAAUGCUGUUCAACACGUAUCCUGGAAGCAGAUCUAGAGAUGGAAAGGAGCAGUUGGUGAAUCUCGACACCAGUUCAGCAGCUUUGUUAUUCAUUUUGGUAUAACUUUGUGAUAAAACAGCUUCUUUUCACACAGCUGCUUUUGUUUACAUGGCUACUCUUCAGCUGCCAGAGGGAAGGGAAGCAGCAUUAUCUCCUGCCCUAGGCCCAGUAUGCCUUGUGGGAGGGGAAAAUAAGUCAAUAAGGUGUUCUGUGAGUAGGGCCAGCUUUUGUUGUUGACCCGGGUUGAUUGGCACCUGGCAGGCAGCGUGGGAAGCAGCAGGGUGGGCAGUGCAGAAGGCAGGCAGCAGGCACAGCAGGGGCUGCAGGUUGCCCGGCUCGGCUGGCUGAGACCAUGGUGGCUGCAGGCUCCAUUGGCUUGAUGGGAUCAGGCAAGAGGGUUGUGUUGAAAGAGUAAAGGGUCUGAUGUGUGCUAAGAAAAGCCCUUCCAUCAGUUUGGUUUCUUUGCCUCCAACCAGCUCAGGGACCUCUCUACAUCGGGUCCUGCUGUACCUCUCUCUCUCUCUUUCUCUUCAGUGCAGAGCUUUCUUCAGGUGCUGCUGGUUUGGGGUCUCACAAUCUCUGUUCCCUCUUUCUCUCCCCCCUCAGUCCUUGGCUGGAUGUAUUUUAAUUUUUCAUGCACUGUUUCUGCCUCCAAAUACCUUUUCAAAUGCAGACUGGAACCCUCCAUAUUUCUCAGCAAACCUCCUGCAGCUUGACAUCCUUGACAUCCACAAAGACCCCUCCUUGCUCCUGCAAUCGUGCUUUUAAUCACUGUGAGCAAGGAGCUGCCCAGGUAGAGCCUGAGCACCCAAGGAAGAGCAGAGCGCUGGAAAGAGCCGAGCAGCUCAGGUUUACUGGGAGAUGCCCUCUGGUCAACAGCCUGGGAAGCAGAGAGAAGGCACCUCCUCACCACCUUAAUAACAGCAAUGAUUUUAGAGGAAAACUGUCAGCACUGCUAGGUGAUUUGCAGGCAGCACGCAUGGCAGCAAGGCUGCAGAAGUGGAGCAGCGACUUGUCUCAGCUGUUGUCUGCAAGUGGGGCACACUCCCAGUGGAGGGCUGGACUUGUGGGACACCCAACUGGCUGAAGAGCUGCAAGGGCAACUUGCCUUUUUCUCACUGCUUUCUUCUCUGCACUCAAAUCAUGGGGG